CAUUCUCUCUCUCUCUCUAUCCAUCAAAAACACUUGUUCCUCUCUCUAAACUCAUCUUUCAUCUUUUCACUUCUUCAUCAUCUGAUUAAUACACUAAUUCUAAUCAAUUCAACCUACUACAACUUCCUUGUACCCCUUAAUGCCUGAAAAUCAAUGGAAAUAACAACUGCCCCAAAUCCAAUCACUAACGUUAAAACACCUGAUCCCGAAACCGAAACUCCAGCAGGACGCACCCAAACAAACGGUGUCCUCAAGCGGUUGAACCCGAAUCGCCCAAAUCCACCGCCACCGCCGCCGCCAUUCACCUAUAAAGAAUGUCUCAAAAACCACGCCGCCACUUUAGGUGGCCAUGCCCUCGACGGUUGCGGCGAGUUCAUGCCAUCUCCAAACGCCGAUCCAAACAACCCCACUUCACUAAUAUGCGCCGCCUGCGGCUGCCACCGUAACUUCCACCGCCGAGAUCCGGAGGAUCGCGUUCCCUCUCCGCCGCCUAGCUCAUCCGUACACCAUAUGAUUGAGUAUCAACCGCACCACCGCCAUCACCCACCGCCGCCGCCGCCUUUAUCUCGUCUCAGCCCGAAUUCGCCGUCGCCGCCUCCGAUAUCAUCUUCUUAUUACCCUUCUGCCCCUCACAUGCUUCUUGCUCUUAGCUCUGGCGUAAACGCUCAUCCAGAUAUUAAUAAUCGUUCAGGAUCGAAUUCAGGGAGUAGGAAAAGGGUACGGACGAAAUUCACGCAGAAUCAGAAAGAUAAAAUGCAGGAAUUUGCGGAUAAAGUAGGGUGGAAGUUUCAGAAGAGUGAUCAAGAAUUGAUUUCUGAGUUUUGUAACGAUCUGGGUGUGGAUCGAACAGUUUUGAAGGUGUGGAUGCAUAACAAUAAGAGCACAAUCGGGAAGAAAGAAUCCGGCGCCGGCGGUGUGGACAUUAACACUGCCAUCAUUGGCCAGUACCAUCAUAAUGUAAUUGCUGCUAAUGGGUCUUCUUCAUCUCUACCCUUAAUCGAAUCUAUGGCGAAAUAAGUUGGAUCUUGUAGUUUAAUCAAUCAAUCAUUAAUGUUUAUUUCUUUUUUGAAGAAUGGAAUUAUCAUUUUGCUAGUGAA